AAUCUGGAUCAUGCUGUCGAACAGAAAGAAAAAAAAUCAUUAUCAUAUCUUCGUCCUCGCUGUCCCCUUCCUUCAACCACCCAACUCUGUUUCUCCGGCGAUAUCAACCACCAUCAUCCUCUAGAUCCAUCACUCAACUUUCCAAUUUUACCCCUCCGGUGGGCCCUCAUCCAAACCCAUUUGCUUCAUUCCUUCAACAUGUUUAUCUUUCUUCAUUCGAUCUCAAUACCCAGAUGUUAAUUUUACUUGAUGUUUAUUCUUCUUGAUUUGAUUUAGUUACAUGUAGCCAUGAAAUCCCCUUCUUCUAUCUUCGUUUUUUCCUACCUUGUUGUACUAUUUUCUCUAUCUGCUCAUUCCCAACAAGAUAUUCCACCACCGCCGCCCUCACCGCCACUUCCGCCGCCGCCGCCGCCUUCACCUCAACUUGUUCCACCGCCUCCGCCGUCGCCGUCAUCACCUCCACUUGUUCCACCACCACCACCGCCGCCUUCACCUCCAUAUCUGCCACCACCACCGCCGCCGCCGCCGCCGGCAUCUCCACCGCCGCCAAGAAAAGUACGACAUCCUCCGGGUCCAAGGAACACGAUGGGAACAAAACCUAGGAGACACCGACCACCGCCGCCACCGCCGAAAAAACAUAACUUCGGGAAAACACUUGGAUUUAUAUUUGUGGGUUUAGCGGCGAUCUUACAGAUUUGUGUGGUGACUUUUUUGUUCAUCAAAAGACAUCAUUUGAUCAAGACCCACAAAUGAUCCGAUUUGCAGAUUCGGAUCCAUACAAAACCUGCAAAUUUGGCGAAUUGAUUUGAGGUGUUGAGUUGGGUUAAUUACAGAUUUGAGGAGCUUCUGUAAAUGGUAAUUCUUGUAUUUCAUUCUUUUUUCACAUAUUUAUUUGAUCGGUUUAGUUGUGUUAUAUAUCAUACCUCAAGUAACAAACCACUUAUUGCUUAGAAAUUUGAUCUUGAUUGUUCUUGUA